AAUACGAACCCGUUCUUGGUUCUCACCAAUCACUACUUCCGGUCUACGACACGUCGACCCGUCAAGAAGGCAGUGGCCAAGCUCUUGUUCGUCGCUGUAUUUGAUCGACGUUUCGUCGAUCAGCAUAUAGCUCAACUUUGAGCAGAGAUAUAGAGUUACUGUAUUAUCUAUAGCAGUGAGAAUUCAAUGUCGGUUUUCAAUCGGAUUUCCAGGACCGCCCGAGCGUGGCGAAUACUUGCGUCAUUCAAACUCAAGGAUUCUCCGAGCGCAUCCCGGAGUUUCUAUCUGAGACAAUUUGGGCAUCAACCAGAACAUUUAAAACCAGGACUGCUGUCUAAUGGACGUGAACCUUGCUUUCUCUAUCCAGCUAUCGUUGCCGGUAUGCUUGGAGUUGGGGCAAUGGAAAUAGCAUAUGCAGAAGCUGAAGAGCUAUCUGCAGUCUGCUGCCACUCCGCCGCCACCAAAAGACCUCUCUACCCAUGCUGAUAUGGAGGACGUUGCUAAGAAAGAAAGACUGAGAAUAAUUGAACAGUUAAACAGAAACAAAGGAACCAAGUAUGGUGCUUGUCCGCGAUUUACUGUUGGAGUUAAGGGGCAAAAGGUCAGUAUCAAGUUCCAAGUUCCGCCCAGUUGUGAAGUUUCACAUCUGAUUGCAAAUCUUGUAUCAAAUCUUGGACUAAAAGUUGAAGAAAGUGCUGGUGGUUCAGAUAUGUUAUUGCGUGCAUGGGACAGUCCAGUUGCUUGGCAACUAACCCUUAGUCGACCAAAAAGUCAGAGAGUAGCUGGAGAAAACAAGGGAAACUCAAUAGAAAUGGAUGCUGAGGAUGGAGAUCUAACUGUUCUAAUAUUUCAUUCACUCGUUACCUCAGAUAAAACUGUCAGUGCUAAUGAAAUUGAAUUCAUAAAGCAGGGAAGCUUGAGCACCAAAGAGCUUGAUUCUUUGGUUUCUGUUUUACAAUUAGCCGGUGGAAGGUUGGGAGAAAGUAGAUCAUCUGAAAGAAAAUCGAGGGAAGGGUCUACACAAAUGCCAUCUUCUGAAAAAUCUAUAUCUAGCCUCGAAGCAAUGGGUGUGAAAGUUUAUGGACUUGAUGAGCCUCAUGUAAAUUCCACUGAAAAUGAGAUAUCCUGGGAUAAUAUUGCUGGUUAUGAUCAACAAAAACGUGAAAUAGAAGACUCCAUACUGAUGACUCUACAUAAUCCAGAAUUAUUUGAUGAUAUUGCUCAUGGGACUCGGCGCAGGUUUGAAUCAAAUAGACCUCGGGCUGUUCUCUUUGAAGGGCCUCCAGGUACAGGUAAAACAUCUUCUGCUCGUGUAAUUGCAAACCAAGCUGGCGUCCCGUUGGUGUAUGUACCACUUGAGGUUAUCAUGUCAAAGUACUAUGGCGAAAGUGAACGUCUCUUGGGGAAAGUGUUUUCACUUGCUAAUGAGCUUAGUACCGGUGCUAUCAUUUUCCUAGACGAGGUUGAUUCAUUUGCAAUAUCUCGCGACAGUGAAAUACAUGAAGCCACUCGAAGAGUAUUAUCAGUAUUAUUGCGUCAGAUCGAUGGGUUCGAGCAGGACAGAAAAGUGAUUGUAAUUGCUGCCACUAAUAGAAAGCAAGACCUUGAUCCUGCUUUAAUCAGUCGGUUUGACUUGAUGAUCACAUUUGGGUUACCUGAUGAGCGGAACCGUGAGGAAAUAGCAGUUCAGUAUGCAAAGCAGCUAACAAAACCUGAAUUAAAGGAGUUUGCAAGAAACACAGAUGGAAUGUCUGGAAGGGACAUAAGGGAUAUUUGUCAGCAAGCGGAGCGAUCGUGGGCAUCAAAGAUAAUUCGAGGGAAAGUUUCAAAAACUGGAGAACAUGGAAUACUUCCACCCAUUGAAGAAUAUAUCGAGUGUGCCAUGAAAAGGCGCAAAGCUUUGCAAACUAUCGAUGACCAUGAAAUCAAGGAUCCCAACAUCCGCACGAAGAAAACUCAAUUAGCUUGAUUGAUCAUCUUAAUCGACUGAGCUAGCUACUUGUCUCGAAAUGAUCUUUCUUUUUUCUGCUAGGCCUUUUAUGUGGUAAUUAAGUAAUCAUAACUAUAGGAUUUAGAUAGAAAUGGUAAAUUAUUCAACAAUUCGAUCUUUUUUUUUUUUUUUUAUCGGUACAGUUACACUUAUCCCAUCCACAAUACUCCUACGAUUCCCGUAUAGAUCAAAGGACAGCCGCUUCAAAAGGUGAACAUGUUGAGUUGAAGCAUACUUAGUAGUAGAGCCCUGUUCCUAUAUCAAUAAAAUAGAUAAGAUCAUAUAACAGUUUCUAA